AUGGUAAAACUAAGACGUUAUCAAAGUACGUUAAGCUCGUUACGUUUACCAAAUAUAGCCACUCCACCAAAAUACACAUUAGCAACGUUAAGAGCUUUCCCAUCUUUAGAACCAUUAUCAUUCAUACCGGUGCCAACGUCCAUAUUUGCCGUCCCCUUAAGACGAGAUAUACUUUGGAAAGCUGUCGUAUAUGAGAAUGACAAUAGAAGAGUCGGUGCAUCAAACCCACCGGGAAGAGGUGAUGUAGGAUACUCGAGACAUAAAUUAUUAAGACAGAAGGGUAUAGGUAAAGCAAGAGUCGGGGAUGCUAAUUCUCCAAUUAGACAUAAUGGUGGUAGGGCGUUAGCUAGAAAUGCACCUAAUGAUUAUAGUACCGAACUUCCAAAGAAAAUGUACUCAUUAGCAAUGGUUACUGCAUUGAGUCAUCUGUAUAGGAAAGGGGCAUUAUUUGUUAUCGGAGAGAAUGAUGACGUUAUUAGUAGUAUCAACAAGAACGAUAUAGGAAUUUUAGAUAUCAUUAAAACGAGAAGCCAAGAAAGAGAAGAAGGGGAAAAAGAAGAACAAGAUUACAGAAGUGUCAUGUUCAAGAAAUUCAUAAGGGAAAAUGAACUUACUAAGAAAAGACUCCUGUUUGUUACAUCAAAACCGAGAAUAGGAUUGUUGAAUUUUACUGGGCAUUUUAAAAAAGAUGUAGACAUUGUUCAACAGGAAGGUCUAGAGGUGAAUGAUCUUCUGAAGUCACAGAAAGUGUUCCUAGAAUUGGACGUUUUGAAAUAUUUAAUAAAAGAACAUGGAAGAUUUCCAGAAGAAAAUUAA